CACUAACCAAAUUGAAUGGUGGUGUAUCCUUGACUCCAGUGUUCGUCUGAUUGCGGUUACGUAGUGGUAUCCAAGUGAGUUGUAAAGACAAAAGGAAGAAUAACCGUUAGAUUUGUUUAAUGAAUGGGACGAGUGCGUCGUCGUCGUCUUCUUUGUCUCAACCGUCGUCGCCAGCAGUAAGCUUCGAUUAAUGAAAAGGAUCUAACGGUAAAUAGCUCCCUGUGAAGCGAGUUUGCGAGAUCUGUGUGUUUCGCAUGCGGCAACGCUGAACGAGAAAGUGUUAUUGUUUUUGCGUCAUUGCGAAAGAGGAAGCAUUAGUUUCGACUAAUGAGACUAAGUGGAUUUAGUAAAAAGGAUUAACUGUGGAAAUUGAAGAGAGCUUUAGGGUGGAUUACGGUGGCAAAAAGCAGGCCAAUCCGAAGAGCAGUAAAGAAGACGUUGUUCUGGGCGGGUGUUUACUAAUUGAGUGCAAUUGUUGGAGCUGCAGUGUGGUAGUAGUGGGUGGUGUGCUACGAGCGGUGUAGGAGUUUAUUACCGUAGUUCGGUUCCACAACCGUACUAGUGGGCGACCGGACUUUUCGCAUGAUCCCGGUUGGAACAACAAAAUGACAAUGUCGCAGCUUUUGAAGCAGACGAAGAAGUGUUGCGUGAAGAUAAUCAGAAAGUUUUCCUUCCACCCGAAUGGAUCCCUUUCUCCCACGUCGUCGUCCGGUGGGGGUGGAGGAGGAGGCGCAGGUGGCAUCAGUGGCUCCGCCAUGGCAGGGCGGUCGAUUUCGCUGAACAAUCGAGCCACGACCAAGUACGUACUGCACAAGAACUGCACUCCUACCCGGUGCAAGGUGCAGCCGACGAGUCCGGAGCGGUCGGCCGGGGGUGCUGCGGCAACCAGCAGUUGGAUGUCAUCGGAUGACUCUCCCGCAAGGCGGAGGUUAGAUUUCUCACCGAAACCCGAAGCGGACAUUCCGGCUACCCAGAACAAUUAUCGCGUCAACCGGGAUGGGAAGAAUCUGCAGAAAAAGCGCACCAAUAUCAGUAACAACAAGAACGUGAAUCUGAGGAAGUGCUUCCGGAUGAGGAAGGGGUUCAAGGAGGAACUGGUGGACGAGGAAGUGAAUAAUAGCAGUAGCGUGGUGUCAUCAAAGUUGGAUAAGAUUAGCAAGACGUUGUACCACGUGGCCGGUGGUGACCGUCGGGAGGGGGAGGGAGUUUAUGGGGAAAACAAGAUCCACUCGAACAACCUGGCAUCGCAGACGAGUGAAAAGAGCAAAAUUUCCAAACCUCUGUUCCUUAGUGGAAAGCACAAAAAGUACAAUCAGAUUGAGACGCAGUUCGGGGCGGAAGAUGGAGUGGAUUUUGAUGAUGACGAAGACGACGAUGACGAGCUGGUGGCAUGUGAGGUGGACGCAAUCCGUGCGGGAAAUUCGUACGACGGUGGGCGAUUGCAGUUUGAACUGUGUCAACCGCUUCCGGAGGCCGAACGUUCUCCACUUCCGGGCGGAAGUGGUAAUAAUUACGAGGAAAUUGUCUUCGAGAAGGUGAAAUUCGACCGUAAUAAGCGAUAUCUGCGAAACGAAACCAGCUCUCCAUCCACGGCGAGUAAUCGAUCCCAGAGUGGUUUCACCGUAGCUCCAUCAGCCGAUAGCAUCCUGUCCAUCAGCUUUGAGUGCAAACCGAGCCAUCCACUGUCCCAGUUCGCAGAGGCAACUAGCAAAAGCGAUGACUUUGUCGACUCCUGGCGGAACUACAACGUCAACAGCCGAUGGAAUAAGGUCUCCAAGAACCCCUGGGAACUGGAAGCCAGUAAAGCCGAUUCGCCAGCAGUCUCGCCCCAGCACCGAUCUUCCUGGAAUCCGUUCAUCGACAGCUCGCCGGCAUCCGAUUCCCCUGUGCACCAGCCGACGACCAAGGCGUAUCCCCCUCCUUACCAGGUGCGUACUGAUAUCUGGCAGAAUCUGAACAACAAAAAUUACGAAAUCGACUCGGACGUGAUCUGGCGGACGUCGAACUCGUCGCGACGUACCUCGGCCAGCACCGUCGAGACGUGGAUCGAGGACGAGGUGUUCGACAAUUCUUUCAACGAGGAAUUGGAACGGCGAUGCGCUACGCUCAAGAUCUAGACAGCAGGUGCAAUACAGCUGAGAAACACCCGGAAAUAGUGAGAGCAAUACAUUCUUGUGUCUUUUUCGUUCGCUCGAAAAAUAGAACAGCAGAAAUAGGACUUGGUUUCAAAUUUCUCCCGGUCAACGGUAACAAAAAUCUAGUUCUUAAUAUAUUGAAAGUGAAAUUCAAGCAUGUGAUAUUAAUUAAUUUAUAAACACAGAAAAGGAACAAAAAACAAAUCUAAGUCUAGUUUGGUAAGGUUUAUUUUACAUUAGUGCAAGGAAUUGAUAUGCUUUGUGUUUGCCGUUUUUCUUUGUGAUUUUAUUUUCUGUUGUUUGAACUAAUGAUCUCAUUUAGAUUGUGACUGUAUUCGAUAGGAGCUGAUAUAAUUUAAUUUUUGUAAAAACCAAGAGAGAGAGAGAGAGAGAGAGAGAUUUGCUUUAAUAUAAACUCAUAACAAUCCUUCUUCUUACCAACUCUUACCUGAGACGGUGUACCUUAAGGAUAAAAAUUCCGAACAGCAGCGGAGAUGGCAAAAAUUGAAUAAUCAUGAGAGAAAACGAAUCAAUGAGAACAUAAUAAAUGCGUGCGAGCUUUGAUGCCGGACUCAAGAUCUAAUGAAAUCAAACAUUUUUUCUAUUCCCUCUAUUUAAAAUACCCCCCAUAUUUCCGCCAAUUUGCGCGCGCUCGCCAGGAACAUUUCGUAGGAUACGAUUAAUAAGGUGUUAUUUUUCAUACAGCCAGUCUUUGUAUACGCGGGAAGGAAGCAAAUAAAACAGGAUAAUAAAGCAAAUAAAACAGAAAUGAUAAAACAAAA